CUACCAACACGUGAAACGAAGAGAGUUUGGCGGAGAAAAGCGGCAGAAUUCACCCUUGUACCAUAGACUAAUUCAUGCCGAUUCUCCAGGGUUGAUUUAUUCGCGCAAAACAACAUCCCAGAUUUCUUAUUCUUCUGAGAGGGGAUUACUGAUUAUCAAGUUAACUAUUAUCUCCGAGACAGUCUUGCGACGAAUCCCCACGAGACUUAGCAGGGAUUCUUUUGAUCCUUUUUUCUCCGUUUACCUCCGUCAUGGCGGCAAAAGAGAAGCUUCUCAGCAAAGAUCUGCAAUUUGAGAAGAAGAAUAAAGAUCUUGUGAGACUUCCAAAAUAUGCCCGCGUGCAGAAACGACCAAUCCCCCACCCCCCAGUCGCGUCCCCAUACGCUGGAUCCUCCGUACCCAAAGUCAUCUACGUCGGCACAAACACUCCCUUCAUGAGCGUCGUGAAGCGCGUCCAGAAAAUGCUGCGCCAUGCUGAGAAACGAGCCACUGCGGGCGUGGACCUGGGCAAUAACAAGAUCAGUGAGAAAGAGAAGCUGGCGCGUCUAGCGAAGGGUCAGGAGGCGUUGAGGAAAGAGGAGGUUUUCAUCAAGGCGACUGGGAGAGCGAUUGAGAGGGCUUUGAGUGUGGGGAGGUGGUUUGAGGAGAAAGAGGAGGAGUAUGAGGUGCGAGUGAAGACGGGGACGGUGUUGGUUGUUGAUGAUAUUGUGGAGGAUGAGGAGGCGAAGAGGAAAGAGAUGGAGAAGGAGAAGAUAGGGGAGGAAAGUGGUGAUGAUGAUAAGAAGGAUGGGACUGCGAUCGGCGAAGAUGCGACUCGCCCUGCGGAAUCGGAAGCUGCUGCUCCAUCGAAGCAGCCGUCGAAGAAAAGAAAGCGACGCGCAAAGGCGGCCGUUUCUGGUGAUGUGGAAUUGCCCGAAUCUCGAACACGAUGGGUGAACAUGGUCGAGAUCGCUAUCACGCUCAAGUGAAGAUCGCAGUUGCAGCAUCAAGGAGUCGACAAAUACCGAAUGAUCAUGGCGAUCCUCGUCCAUGGGUACAUCGUGUCGUUCCGUACUGGGAUAAGAGACUUGAUGGAAAACAGG